AUGUCGGAUGAUGUUUGGAACGAUGAUAUCGCUUAUGUGUUCUCUACUCAUAGAACAUUUAUGCAAAUACUCGGUAUAUGGCCGUUACAAAAGAGGACGAUAGUCAUGAUAAUCCAAUGGAACGUAAUGAUAUUUCUACAGCUUUCACCAUUCAUCUUCCUGUUUAUGGAAUUCGCUGGAAAUAAUAGUGAUACCAGAUCAAAUAUAGAUGCCAUAUUAUAUCUUUCAUGCACAUUGAGUUUAAAUUUGAAAUAUAUCGCUAUUGUUGUUAACGGAGGAAAGUUAGCUAAAAACAUUAAGGCUGCUGUUGCUGAUUGGGUGUCUGCAAAGAAUGAUAAGAAGUCGUUGGUCAGCACGGAAGGACUAGAUGCAUAUAGACGUAGUAAUUUGCUUCGGGGCAAAAGUAAGUCAUCGACCCGAGCAAUUCACGCAGGACUACAAUUUUUCUUUUUGAGGUCGAAAUCAACUAAUACAUCGCUGAACAUGAAAACAAAUUGGAAUAGUGGUAUAGAUUAUGGUUUUUCUAUGAUAAAAUCGAUGAUGUGGAUACUUGGUUUAUGGCCUUUGCAGCAGAAUAAUGUAGUUUACACGAUUCAGUGGUUCAUAAUAUUUAUAACAGGGUCUCUCACAAUGAUCAACGUGCUGAUAGAAUCUUUCAAGAGCUGUGAUGCUGUUAGAGAUGGUUUAGACAUUCUUCGUCUAAUAGAAAGCUGUAUGCAUGCAUGGUCGAACAUUGUUUUUCCACGAAUUUAUAUGAAAAAGAUUGCCAUUAAUCUCAAUUCUGCAAUCGACGACUGGUCGUCUCCGUUUAUGAAAAAAGAGUCGCGCAUAGUGAUGAUGGGAUAUGCACGUGCAGGACGUCUAAUCGCCCUGACUCACUUAAUCGCUGGAACAACAGCAGGCGCCUUAUGGUUCAUAUCCGUCUUCCUCAGCAAUAAACAAAAGGCUGCAAUUACAGAUAAUGAUACUGUAGCUACGUGGAAUUUUGUCAUUCCAUCAACGUGUCUGUACAAAGGGGUUUCGUAUUCUACGUACAAAAUAUUGUUUAUGAUGCAAGUAAUACAAGGAUCUUUGAUAUUGAUAUCAGAAUGUGCUUGCGAUAGUUUUUUUUUCGGCAUCACUAUGCAUCUUUGCGGUCAACUAGAACUUUUGGGGAUACAAUUUACGGAGAUUAACAAGAAACAUUACGACGAAAAACGUCAUAGAAAUGUUUUAGGACCAUUGGUCAAAAGACAUUGCCAGUUGAUAGCACUGACCAAGAAUAUUGAAGACGCUUUUAAUAUCAACAUUUUAUUACGACUUUUAAUAAUUAGCGUAGUAAUUGCAUCCUCAGGAGUAGGGAUUCUUUUAUCAAUCAAGCAACAAGAUUACAAGGAAAUGAUAAAAAUGUUCAUGUCCAUUCAAUUUUAUAUGGUACAAACCUUUUUGUAUACGUAUGCCGGCGAUACUUUGAAGAAUCGAAGCGAGUCAAUUGUCUAUGCCAUAUACAGCACCGCAUGGGAUGAAAUGUCACCUAUCAUGGUGAAAGAUCUGAUAUUCAUUAUGAUGAGAAUGAAGACUCCUCUUCGAAUUAUGCAUCUCUCCUUGAUUGCCAUAAUGUCAUCGAAUGACGAUAUAGCGUACGCUAUGACCCUCGUCAAACACCUAACUGUACCCAUAGGUGCUUGGCCCUUACAAGAAUACAACAAGUUCGCUUUAUUGCGUCAUAUCUUGUCUAGUUUUGGGUUGAGUGUGGUGGUAAUCGUACAGUAUCUCGAACUCUAUUAUAAUUGCACAAACGCAACUGCAAAUCUUGACGCCCUCACGCUCUUUUCCUGCGGUAUUCUUGCUUUAACAAAAAUAAUAUGGUUUCGUAUAUAUGCUGAUAAUCUGAUUUGUAAUUAUUCUUCUGCUAUGAACGAUUAUGUUACAAUCGACACCGAGGAGAAACGCAUCAUUAUGCGAAAUCAUGCUUUCUGGGGAAGGAUAAUCUGCAUUAUCGCUUUAUUGAUCUCUUAUGUUGAUUCAGUAAUCUUCAUUGUGGGACACGCACAACUAAGCAGUGAGGAAACCAAAAUUAAUAUAACUAUUUUUGGUCAUCAAGCAGGAUAUGCUAUUCCGUCAACAUGCAAUGAUAUACUUCUCCUUGGAAUUAUUCUUCAUAUUUGCGGGCAAAUGGAACUUUUAAAAAUCGAAUUUAUCAAUUAUAACGGAAAAAAUAAAGACAUAAAAGAGUUUGAAGCAUUGACAUCUAGACAUUGUUAUUUAAUGGAGCAUGCGGAACUUCUAAUAGAUGUAAUAAGCUUCGUUUUGCUCGUGCAAUUGCUGUUCAGUUGUCUUAUUAUUUGUUUUUCAGGUUUCCAAUUAAUUUUGGCAUUGAAAUUACAUGACGCAGUGAUAAUAACGAAAACCACAUCCGUGCUGAGCGCUUUAUUGUUACAAUUAUUCUCUUAUAGUUUUGUGGGCGAUUAUCUGAAACGUCAAAUGGAAGAUAUCGCGCAUUCGAUCUACAGCUGUAAUUGGUACUACUUUCCAUUGAAAUUAAUGAGGAAUGUCUUAUUUGUCAUCAUGAGAUCGCAGCAACCUGUUCAACUGCUAGCAGGCAGAUUUGUCGUCGUAACCAUUGAAACUUAUAUGUCCAUAUUAAAAAAUUCCUUCUCAUACUUAUCCGUCCUACGAACUGGGAUGAUGAUCAUGUUGUUCCUCGAAAUCAUUUUCGGUAGCAGCGAUGCGUAUGUAAAGCUCGAUGCUCUUAUGCUUAUGUUCUGCAACGUUCUCUCUGUAUUGAAAUUAUUGUCAUUCCGCAUAUAUGCCAAUAAUAUGAUUCGCAAUUUCACCUCUGCUAUAAACGAUUAUCUCGCGAUCAACAGUAAGAAGAAGCAAGCGAUCAUGCGACAACACGCAUUCAUGGGAAGGAUAAUUAGCUGUAGUAUUUUAUUUUUCGCUUAUUUGGCUUCAACAAUUUUUUGUCUGGUGCCUAUAAUAGUUAGCGAUGAAGAAAAUAUUCAAGUUAAUGUAUCUAUCAAAAAUCAAGCAUCAGAUUUACCUAUACCCUUAACAUGGUCGUUAGGAAGCUAUCAUCUCUCUGCGAAUUUAUUCUUCGUAAUAUCUAUAGUGCAAUAUUUUCUACUGGUACUCAAUAGCAACUGUAAUUGUGGCAGUGAUUCACUUUUCCUCGCUAUCACUACACAUGUUUGUGGGCAAAUGGAAAUUCUAAAAAUCGAAUUUGUCAAUUAUGGCGUGAAAAGCAAGAAUAUAUUUGAAGAUUUUUCAAAAUUAGCAUCAAGACAUCAUUAUUUAAUGGAGCAUGCGGAACUUCUCGUCGAAGUAAUAAGUUUCGUUUUGCUUGUGCAAAUGCUGUUUAGUUGUCUUAUUAUUUGUUUGAUCGGUUUCCAAUUUAUUUUGGCAUUGAAAUCACAUGAUGUAGUGAUGAUAACUAAAACCAUAACAGUGAUGGGCGCUCUAUUGUUACAAUUAUUCUUUUAUAGUUUCGUGGGCGACUAUCUAAAGUGUCAAAUGGAAGAUAUCGCUCAGUCUAUCUACAGCUGUAAUUGGUACUGCUUUCCACUGAAAUUAAUGAGAAAUGUUCUGUUCGUCAUUAUGCGAUCGCAGCAACCUGUCCAACUGUUAGCUGGCAGAUUUUUCGUCGUAACUAUCGAGACUUAUAUGACUAUAUUAAAAAGUUCUCUCUCAUAUUUGUCCGUCCUGCGAGUGAUGGUGGACUCAUAA